AUGAUCCAGCUGCGCACCGGGAGGCUCCCAGCGCCACAGGUGAAGAACCACAGAGCUCCCAGUCUCCCGGGACCAAGCAUGGCUCCUCUGCUGCUGUUAGCUGUAUGGCUGCUCGGUGUGGGGGCUUUAUUGGAGGUGGAGGACAGAAGCACCCGGGAGCGGCUUUUCCUGAGCUCCCUUGGCCUUUCUGAGCGGCCGCGGCCCGCAGGGAACCAUCAGCACCAGCGCCCCAUCCCCUCCGAGAUCUGGAAGAUGUUCCGGAUGUCAGCGAACAUUCAGGCCCGGGAGAGCGAGUCCUGCAUGGUGUACGAGUACGGAGUCCGCGGCAACAUCAUCCGCUAUGUGCAGGACCAAGGCAGGCUGGUUUUGGGUUGGAGCAGCAGCUGUCAGGCUUGUCUGGAGAAGCAGUUUUUCUUCAACAUGUCUGUCCUGGAGCCUGUGGAACUGCUGUCUCUGGCUCAGCUGCAGAUCAAGCUCCACUGGAUGCCUCUGAGGCCUGCGGAGUUCCUGCAGGGUCUCCGAGCCGUCAGCUUGUCCAUUUAUAAAGUGAACCGAGCCACUCUGAGGGAAGCCAAUCCUCAGGCCAACCGUAGGCUCCUGCUGUCGCAGUCCGUCCAGCUGCAGCUGGAGUCCACCAAAAUCAUCAUGGACGUGACGCCACUGGCGGAGAGCUGGCGUAAACUGGGUCACAACUAUGGCUUGGUUGCUGUGCUGAGUCCAAUCAGUGGAGAUCCAGUGGAGCUUAUUCCUUUUUUACCAGGCAACACUCUCCCGUUGGAGGCAGCCCUAUCUUUUCCUCUAAUCGAGGCCUCUCUGGUGGUUGUGUCCCUGAACCCUCACCAGUGUCGCUCCCGGCAGAGGAGAAACGCUGUCCACCUCCCUGUGACGCCCAGUACCUUGUGCAGGGCUCGGCGCCUCUAUAUUGACUUCAGAGACGUGGGCUGGCAGGACUGGAUCAUUGCCCCGCAUGGCUACAUGGCCAACUAUUGCCACGGCGAGUGCCCGUUCCCGCUCACCGAGAGCCUGAACGGUACCAACCAUGCCAUCCUGCAGACCCUGGUCCACGCCCUGGACCCACAGGGCACACCUGAGCCCAGCUGCGCCCCCAUCCGCCUCUCCCCGAUCUCCAUGCUCUACUAUGACAACAACGAUAACGUAGUGCUCCGACAUUACCAGGACAUGGUGGUGGAGGAGUGCGGCUGUCGAUGAGGUCGCUGGACGAUUUUUACUGGUUGCCAACAGUAACUGGUCCAUUUUUUUAAUGUUUUGUUGUUGUUUUUCUGAAUGAUGAUGAGGUUCCCCUAUUCUCAUUACUGUUAGCUGUGAAUAGAACUUUUGUUUAGUAUAUGACAACAAAUUUCUUUAGUUAGUAAUUUCAAACAGAGUAAUAUUUUAAAUAAAGGUUAAUGUUAUUAAAUAUCA